UCAUUCGGGCCGUCCGUCCGUGCGUGUGACGGGAUCGCGCUAACAAACUAAUAUUUAGUUUUUAAAUAGUAAUUAAAUACAAAUAUGAGGGAAAUAGUGCAUCUGCAGGCCGGACAAUGCGGAAACCAGAUUGGAGCCAAAUUCUGGGAGAUCAUAUCGGAGGAGCACGGCAUCGACCCCACCGGCGUGUACCGAGGAACCAGCGACCUACAGCUUGAGAGGAUCUCCGUGUACUACAAUGAGGCCUCUGUUGCGACGGCGGAGAACGGGGGCAAGUACGUCCCCCGCGCCAUCCUGCUCGACCUCGAGCCAGGCACAAUGGACGCAGUCCGGUCCGGGGCGUACGGGCAACUCUUCCGGCCGGACAACUUCGUAUUCGGACAGUCCGGCGCAGGCAACAACUGGGCCAAGGGACACUACACCGAGGGCGCAGAACUCGUCGACGCAGUACUCGAUGUAGUGCGCAAGGAGUGCGAGAACUGCGACUGUCUGCAGGGCUUCCAGCUCACACACUCGCUCGGCGGAGGCACCGGCUCCGGCAUGGGCACGCUCCUCAUCUCCAAGAUCAGGGAGGAGUACCCCGACAGGAUCAUGAACACAUAUUCCGUGGUGCCCUCGCCCAAGGUGUCCGACACAGUGGUGGAGCCCUACAACGCAGUGCUCUCUAUUCAUCAGCUAGUCGAAAACACAGAUGAAACCUACUGCAUAGAUAACGAAGCUCUCUACGAUAUUUGCUAUAGAACCCUCAAAGUCCCUAACCCCACGUACGGCGACCUGAACCACUUGGUAUCGCUCACCAUGUCCGGCGUGACGACGUGUCUGCGGUUCCCUGGUCAACUGAAUGCGGAUCUCCGCAAGUUGGCAGUCAACAUGGUGCCGUUCCCGCGUCUUCACUUCUUUAUGCCUGGAUUCGCUCCUCUGACAUCUCGCGGCAGCCAGCAAUACCGCGCCCUCACCGUGCCCGAGCUCACGCAACAGAUGUUCGACGCCAAGAACAUGAUGGCGGCGUGCGACCCACGCCACGGCCGCUACCUCACCGUGGCCGCCAUCUUCCGUGGCCGCAUGUCCAUGAAGGAGGUGGACGAGCAGAUGCUUUCCAUUCAGAACAAAAAUAGCAGCUUCUUCGUGGAAUGGAUCCCUAACAACGUUAAGACAGCUGUAUGUGAUAUUCCUCCCAAGGGCUUGAAAAUGUCGUCUACGUUUAUCGGUAACACGACGGCUAUCCAGGAGCUGUUUAAGAGGAUAUCUGAGCAGUUCACCGCUAUGUUCAGGCGCAAGGCUUUCUUGCAUUGGUACACUGGCGAGGGUAUGGACGAGAUGGAGUUUAAUGAAGCGGAGAGCAAUGUAAACGACCUGGUGUCGGAGUACCAGCAGUACCAGGAGGCGACGGCGGAAGACGACACGGAGUUCGACCAGGAGGACAUGGAGGAGCUGGCACAGGAUGAGCACCACGACUAGGUGCCUCUACUCUUAAGUGUUAGUAUACUCGUAUGUAAUGUACGGCUACCACUACACGGCCACAUCGUGUCUAUGCAAUAUAUUCCCCUUGAUUAGUGUGCCCUGCUCCUGUGUCGUGGUAGAUAGUAAGUCAGCCAGGGCCAGCCCGCGCCGGACCAGUUUUGUACCACUUUUUAUAUGUUUUCCAAACGUAAUGUAGAGGCUAAGUCGCGUGCAUUUUACCAAAGUGUCCCUGUGGACCAACGAACGUUUUCCGAAUUCUUCAUCCAUCGCACUGACCCGUCAAACGCAUUGACGCAUCACGUGCAAUAUUAUGAAUUUUAUCUAAUGAAUUAAUUUUAUCAAAUGAUAGUAUUAUUAUGUCGAAGUCUGUUUUAAUUGAUUACUAAUUAGUUUAAGUGGAAACUUUAUAAGAAACGUACCAACUUGUGCAUUUCUUAGCUUAAGUUAUUUUCUUGUAUGCUUUUAUUAUAAUAAUUUAUAAUAAAUGUUUUAAAUUAU